AUGAUCACUAGAGCAGAGAUUACAGAAGGUGCAGCUGGGCUACCACUGCCCGAGAAGUACAUUGAAGCUGGCGCGAGAGCAAAAGCCUUGCAUGCUGCGACGGGAAUGUCCAUGAUGGCAAUAGGAAUUCAGCUUUUUAUGAAUUUGUACGGACUGGCGACGUUCUUGGAAACCCCCAAUGCGGGAAGAAAAGGACGUUGGCCGUGGAUUUGCAUGGGGUUCCUUCUCCUCAUCCUCAGUGCUCUUGCCGAAGGUUUCCAAACAUCGAUGAACAUCCGACGAGGAGCCUACGCGGUCGUGAUUUUCGGUGACACUGUUCUGCUUUAUCGAUGCUACGUUAUAUGGGCUGACCGUCUCUGGAUUGUCGUGGUUCCAGCUCUCAUCCACCUCUCAACAAUCGGCGUAGUGACGCGCCGUAUAAUCGACUUGGCGAGGACACAGUCCUGCGCACCCCUCUUCCACUCAACCUUCAUCCUCCUCAGCUCAACCUUCAACGUUCUCGCUACAGUGCUAAUUAGUUCACAUAUACGGCGCAGCUACAAACGGUUGUCGAAGGCUCUGCCAGAGUUCAAUCUCACAUUCCACAAGAGAGCUAUCGAGAUCCUCAUUGAAUCCGCUGUUCCGCUGACUAUGUGUGGGCUAGCUCGGUCGGGAAUGGAGCUCGUCACCGUCAGGGUCAGCAAGACGCCAGGCGUUCUGGCCGAGGAUUGGUGGCAGAAUUUCCUGGCCACAGGCAUCAUCGUUGAUGCCCUCUACUAUAUAUUCGCGGCGCUCUCCCCCCAAUGGAUCCUUUUCAGAGUAACGCUCGGACGGUCUUACCGCGAGCAACCGUUUGACACACUAACCUCUCGUCCCAACGAGUCUCCCAUGUGGUUUAGCAAGGACUCGGAUCUAUCGCAAUACGAGGACACUGAUAGCAUACGGGAGAAGACUCUCGGAGACACCGAUAGUCAAGGGAAGCCUUCUCUCGACCUGGAGCACGGAUAUCUCAGCCAAAAGCCUCACACCAUUCGCGCUGACCUAAACCGACGGACUGAGUUCUCAAAGCGGGAUCGCAUUCUCGGCGUAAUCGCUGCGCCUGCCAAAGCAGCGUUAUCAGCGAGGCUGAGAGUCAGAGCAGAAUUAGAAUUAGUGAACCGCGCGAGUACAUUAACGAAACAAGAGAACACCUAA